GGUCACACAAUGCAUCUGAGUGUAUGGCGUCAUGCUCUCCUGUUUCGACUGCGAGUGAAAAACAACACCGCAUGUAGAUGAGGAAGUGCCUCUUCUCAAAUUUCCUAUGUGAUGCUGCAGCCUCUGACAGCAGCCAGGAGCAGACAAUAAAGAGCUCCUACCUGAGCCGCAGAUCACCUGUGAGGAGAGAAGAAACACACCUGUUGUUUACGACGGUUGUCUUCAAUCAGUAAACAGGAUGGCAUACAGAGGCACCGUAAAACCUUUCGUCAACUUCAAUGCCAAACACGAUGCUGAAAUCCUCCAUAAAGCCAUGAAAGGAUUGGGUACGAAUGAAGAUACGAUCAUCAUGCUUCUGACUGCACGCAGCAACGAUCAACGGCAGCAAAUUAAGGCAGCGUACAAAAAGGCCUACGGAAAGGACUUGGUCAGCGCUCUGAAAUCGGAGCUUGGUGGGCUGUUAGAGAGUCUGAUUGUGGCCUUGAUGACCCCACCUACCUUAUAUGAUGCUUCCCAACUGCACAAGGCUCUCAAGGGUGCCGGGACUGAUGACGACGUGCUGAUUGAGAUCCUGGCCUCCAGGACCAGCGAAGAGAUUGAAGAUAUCAUCAAAGUGUACAAGAAAGAGUUCAGUGGAAAGCUGGAGAAAGAUAUCUGCGGUGACACCUCAGGGCACUAUCAGAAACUACUGGUGAUCCUCCUGCAGGGGAGCAGGGAGGAGGGAGUAGACGAGGAGAAGAUCGAGAAAGACGCUAAGGAUUUGUUUGCUGCUGGUGAAGGCAAGUUUGGCACAAAUGAAGAGACAUUCGUCACAAUUCUUGGCAACAGAAGCGCAGAACAUCUCAGAGAAGUGUUUGAUGCCUACAAGAAACUCUCUGGCUCUGAUAUAGAGGACAGCAUUGAAGGAGAGACCACUGGGAAUUUGGAGAACUUACUGGUAGCUAUUGUGAAAUGUGCCAGAAGUGUCCCAGGGUUUCUUGCUGAAGGCUUGUAUAACUCUAUGAGGCGUGCUGGAACUGAUGACGACACCCUGAUGAGGAUAAUGGUGUCGAGGAGUGAGGUGGACAUGUUGGACAUCAGAGCCAGCUUCAAAAAGACUUAUGGAGUGUCUCUUUACUCCACAAUCCAGGAGGACACAGCUGGAGACUACCAGAAGGCUUUACUCUACCUUUGUGGAGGGAAUGAUUAAUGCUGUUUUAUGAUGUGUUUAGCAGCACUGAAUGAUGAGCUGCCACGGUACUGUGAGACAAAGCUAAACAUGAGAUGAACUUAUUGAUCUGGAGUUGUUGACUCUUUUUUACUUUAGCUUGAUUGAAUUAGUGUGAUUUAUCAACUUGUCAUUUUUUACUUAUGACAACAUCCUCUGCAUGAAGAGAGUGCAUUGACUUAAACAUUUAGUUAGUUUUUGUUUAAUAUUAGACAUAAUUUAAACAGAAAACCACUCAAUAAUGAGUAUGUGUGCAGUUUUGAUUUUAAUAUAGAGAAGAAAGGUAGCUAUGUAUGAAAUAACUUCAUUUUUUAACACUUAAAUUCUUUUGUGCUGUGACCAUAUUUUUUGUCAUUGUUUGUUUUUACACAUGUAUGUUAGCAGUUGUUUUCAGUGCUCUCACAGCAUGUGUUAAAUUCAACUUAGAAAAUACAAUACUGCUGCUGAAUUAUUAAACCCUACGUUUCGACACCUCUCCUGCUCUCAUUAAUUACAAAUGAAUUGCUGAUCCGGACUUGAAUUGCAAUGUGACGGUCAGUGAUUAAUAAGUAAUGGGACGCUAUUAGACAUUUGUUGACUCAUAAAGACAUCUGCCUCCAUGUCUUUCGGCAUGAACAGGCCUGAUGUCUGACAAAUUGGGUCCUUCGAUCAAUAGAUGGGAAAUGACUUCACUUUUCUGGAGUUUUACCACAGGGUGGCAGCACAGUCUGAAACAAGCAGGCGUUGUCGUCUAUGCUGUUUUCGUUCACAGUGACUUACAGUUUUUCUCAAUUGCUUUGGCACAAUCGUCUGAUUGUCGAAUGACUAUUAAACUUUGUCAAACUAUAUGACUAUUAAUAUGAACAUUAGGUCAGUUGUUCACAUGACUAUAGUCAUUUCUAAUUGCUUUGGCACAAAAUGACAUUGACAUUGUCACAUCAGAUGACCCAUGAGGUUGACACCUUUGCCGCAUAUUUUCUUUUUUCUUGCACAUAUUGUACAGCAGUUCCUGUUAAUUUUGCUGUUGUAUAUAUUUUUUGCUGUACAAGCUUUCUUUAUGUAUUUGCAGUUGGCUGGUGUGUAUACAUACAAUGAGAAAGUAUAGUGUGUGCCAUGGCUGACAUCAGUACUAUUCAGCUGCCUAAAUAUACAAUCUUAGCAACUGGACAAUAUUACAGACUUUCAAAGUACGCU